AACAAUUUUCUUCAAUUCUCGAGUUAUACUAUGCCUGAGAAAAAUACACACGUGCCGUAAAGUUCUGCUGGUUUUUAAGCGUUGGACGUAAGUUGUUACUAUGCGCGCUCUUCAUUAAAAAGAUUCAUCGAGAGGUUAAACGUGAUUCUGUUUUAGAAACAAAAACCACGAAUUUCUCAAAAUCUGUUAAAUUGUACUUGAGCAAAAAAACUACAGGUCUCGUGUUAAUUUUUGGCAUUUAAACCCAAUAUUUCUAAAGAUCCACCCAGUUUAGCUCGUCUGAAUUGUUGAGUUCAAUUAUUUGUCUUUCUUUCCGACUUAGAAUUUUUCAACUUUGAUUUAAAUACAAUUUGAAUUGCAUCCUUCCUAUUUGAAGCAUUCGUUGGAAUCUGAUUGCCUUCGAUCUCUACCUCUGCGCAAUAUCCCAGGUUCUUCAUUAGAAGUCUCGGAACAAUUUGAGUAAAUAUUAUUUACUCGAAAAUCAUGGCUUCUUCAUCUAGAAGCGAACGGAUCAAUCAGGGCCAUGAUGCGCAACUGGAAUGUCCUGGUUGUGCCAAUAAGUUGAAAGGCAACGUGCCUGAGCUUCCUUGCGGACACUGCAUUUGCCUCCCAUGUACCGCUGCUCUGGAAACGCAAACGAUCCAGAAAUGUCCUGUUGCAAAAUGCCGCAGCAGUCGAACUAAGUUCACUGAACGAAUUGUAGUGGAUAACUUACCCACAAGGCCUGCUGCUGCGGUUGACGACAGUUUCAUGAUGCCACCUCCACCCUACGCAGAGCGACCCAAAACAGCUUCAGUAAGCUAUUGCGACUUACACCCAUCUGAAUCUGUCAGAUUCUUCUGCAACGAGUGCUCGGAGGCUAUCUGUGCUCUGUGUUGGGAAGAAAAACACAGUGACUGGAAAAAACACAAUGUCAGCACAAUGUCAAUAUACAUGAGACCCCAGAAGGAAGUUGAAGCACGCAUUGCAGCUUACAGGUUAGAAUGUGUGAAUAUGACUGGAGUUCUACAGGAAUGGCAGCCUUGCAUUGACCAGAUUCAAUCAGCAGAGCGAGCACAGAAAGCUGUUCUGAAAUGUAAAUCGGCGCGAGAUAUAGAGCAAAAGUCCGGCGAUGUCAGAAAUCACCUGUUGGCGCAAAUGACAAAUGUCCAAAAUUAUAAACGGAAGAUUUUAUCGCAAUUUUCUGAAAUUGAGGCUACUUAUGAGCGAAUUUUCGGAGACGAGGUUGAGGACUCCAAGUCUGAUGGUUCACCAAAUCAGUUGAACCAGGGCGCCAAUACUUCAAGAGGAACAUCUGGCCCUAGAAUGACUGACAAUAUUACUAGUUCUCCCGGAGGAAGCUCUGUAACUGGGAGAAGUGACGGUGUUAGUGCUGGAAAGAAAACAGUAAUUGAAGAUAAGAAGAAGAAGGUUCUGACUGGAGUGAAGGAGACUUGGAAAGGAGAUGAGAUUGUUGAGUGUAGUAAGGUGGAGUUUAAUGCUGAGUCUAGAGAAUUGAUGUGCUUUUAUUUUUUAAAAAGCAAAAUAACGGUACUGAGACUGAACGAUAAAAAUGAAAAGUUGGAAGUAAAGAGGACAAUGAAGUGGAAUGAGUUGAGAGAAAAGGAAAACGACCUGUGGGAUAUAACUGUAAACGAUGGAAGUAUUAUGUACGGAGUGAUUGAAGGGGAUGGAUGCCUCAGAGGUCCCACAGCUGUUCAGAGUCUACAAGAACUUUCCAUCUUCAAGUCUACAUCUUCAAUGCCAGCAAACCAUGCCAACAUUCUACAAGUGCCAAGAGUGCCUGCGAACAGUGCCAACAUUCUCCAAAAUUCAGGGCAUCAUCAGCGCCCAUUCAGGGCAUCAUCAGGGCCAACUCAGCGAGUCAUCAGUGCUUUUAAGGGCAUCAUCACCAGUGCGAGGUUGGUCUUAGAGGUCCCCCUCCAACAAAAACAACAAAGUCAACAUCAAGAACGGUCUCAGAGGUCCCUCAGCUGUCCUUCUCAACGUCAAGUCAGAGCUCUCAGAGGUCACGCAGCUGCCCUGUUAAGCAAUCAGGCUAGAUCGGACUUUUAG